CUCAGAUGUGUCCGGUCCGCAAGACGCCGAUGUAGAAACCUCUCCGAGAUGGCGGCGGCCGCGGCCAUGGCGACAGGAGCCAAGCAGCCGCGCAGGCAGCUUCGGCUGGAUCUGUUGAUCGACAUGCUCCUGCAGCUGCGAACCUCCAAGCCGGUGGACGGCAAGGCCGUGCCCAUGGCAGAGGAUGAGCUGUUCCUUCUCAUCGAGAAGGUGCGGUGCACCUUCGCGGAGCAGCCCAUGCUCCUAGAGCUGGACGCGCCCAUGAAGGUGGUGGGUGAUGUACAUGGUCAGUACUAUGACCUGCUGCGCCUUCUGGAAUGUGGCGGUUCGCCCGAGGACAGGAACUACCUGUUCCUGGGCGAUUACGUCGACAGGGGCAAGAACUCCAUCGAGUGUGUUGCACUCCUCUUCGCAUUCAAGGCAAAGUACCCUGAAAACUUCUUCUUGCUCCGAGGCAACCACGAAUGUGCAUCCAUCAACCGGAUCUAUGGCUUCUUGGACGAGUGCAAGCGGCGGUACAGCAUGAAGCUGUGGAAGAGCUUUGGUGAUGCUUUCCAGUUCAUGCCGGUGUGCGCUCUCAUUGAUGACCGCAUCAUUUGCAUGCACGGGGGGCUAUCUCCGGAGUUGAAGCACUUUGACCAGAUACGAGAAAUUCCUCGUCCCGCAGACAUCGGUGAUACGGGGCUUCUCUGUGACAUUCUGUGGUCGGAUCCCUCCGCCUCGAUGGAGAACUGGGGGGAGAACGACCGAGGGGUGUCCUUCACCUUCGGCCCGCAGGUGGUGAAGACGUUCCUGAGAAACCACAACCUGGAUCUCAUUUGCCGAGCUCAUCAAGUUGUGGAGGACGGCUACGAGUUCUUCGCCGGGCGGCAGCUGGUCACUGUGUUCUCGGCGCCCAACUACUGCCGGGAGUUCGACAACGCCGGUGCGCUGAUGAGCAUUGACGAGAAGCUGUGCAUCUCCUUCCACGUGCUCAAGUCCUGCACUUGAGGAUUUAGUCCCGACAAGUGACACCUGUGCUCGUGCGGAUGGUGCAAGGGCAGGCCGGAA